UGAUUUAAUGGCGUCUGUGUAGAGGCGGUGGGUGGUGGUAGGCUAAGCGAUGGCUAAACGUGGGUUAAACGGAACAGUUUGACAGUGCAUAAAUUUUCCAAAAUCCUUCUUAAAAACAAAAAAUUUCUAAAGUAGUUUCUGUUAUUGCUGUUUUGUACUUUAAGAGAUGAACAAUACAGCCUUAUGAACCCAAAAAGAAUAAAUAAAUUCAUGGUAUUAAGAUGCUCUUUAAGAACAUCGUUAGAGUAUGCAUUAUGAAUGGAUAGUCUGUUUAUUAAUGAAUAAUGUUAAGAUUAGAAACAUCAUGAUAUAUCGAAGUGACAUUACAUAAAGUAUAGAGAAACAAAAAUUUAAAAUGGCACGUAAAGCAGACACUGUACGUGCUGUAAACAUAUCUGUAGUUGGCUUGUCUGGUAUGGAAAAAGAUAAAGGUCAUGCAGGAGUUGGGAAGUCAUGCCUUUGUAAUCGUUUUAUGAGACACUUAGCAGAUGACUAUAAUGUUGAUCACAUUUCAGUAUUAAGUCAAUCAGACUUCAGUGGACGAGUUGUCAAUAAUGACCACUUUUUAUAUUGGGGUGAAGUUAUAAAAACUUCAGAAGAAGGAGUAGAUUAUCAGUUCAAUGUAAUAGAGCAAACUGAGUUUAUUGAUGAUGCAUCAUUCCAACCAUUUAAAGGAGGCAAAAUGGAACCUUAUGUAAAAAGAUGUGCAGCAACUAAAAUUCAGUCAGCAGAAAAACUUAUGUAUAUUUGUAAAAAUCAAUUAGGAAUUGAAAAGGAGUAUGAGCAAAAAGUUUUACCCGAUGGAAAGUUAAACAUUGAUGGUUUUAUUUGUGUCUUUGAUGUUAGUGUUGUGCCAAGUCGAUCAAUAGAAAAGCAAAUAGAAAUUGUUGCUGCAGUACUAAACAACCUUAUUAAAACCAAAAAACCUAUAGUAAUCGUUACUACCAAAAAUGAUGAUGCAAAUGAACAGUAUAUUAAAGAGGUUGAAAAAUUGGUCCAGCGAAAAGAAUACAAGGGUCAGAUUCCUUUAAUUGAAACAUCUUCUCAUGAAAAUGUGAAUGUAGAUUUAGCUUUUAUCUAUCUGGCUCAGAUUAUAGAUAGGAGCAAGGUGCGUUCAAAAAUAAUCCCUUAUAAUGAAGCAGCUCGAGCAAGAAAGGAACUUUUAGAUGCGGCUAGUGAAGCAUUUUUACGUUUAAUUAGAAUACACGUAACUGAUUGUAGAGCACUUUGGUCUCAGACUGUCAAAAAAUUGAAUAAUCAUAAGGAAUGGGUCUACUUUGUACAACUUUUUGGACUUGAUGGCACACAAAGGUUGUUUAGGAGACAUAUAAAAAAACUUAAAGAAGAACAGUUGGCUAAAAAGAUUGCCCACUAUAUGGAAAUGCUUCCAGAUAUUCUACAUGAACUAGUACCAAACAUUAAUACAUUAACAGAAAGUGACUGGCCAUCAAUUCAGCAGUAUCUAAAGUCUCAUCCUGAUUUCUCCCAGUACUUUUAUGAAUGCCCAGAAGAUGUUUCUUGGACUGAAUGUGAACUUAAUUCUGAUAAUGAAGAUGCAAGGAUUCCUUAUGAUGUAUUGGAUACAAGUGAUGCAGAAACAGUUUAUAAAAACCAUGUAAAUGUUCUCCAACAAGAACAGAAACGUUUGGAGUGGAAAAAACAGUUUAAACAACUUUUGGAAGAUACAGGGUAUGUUACACCAGGCAAGCAUUUGUCUGAGGUACGAGUGCUCUUUAUGGGUCGAGAAUGCUUUGAAGCAUUAUCAGAACAUGAAGUUCAACAAAUUUAUGAUAACCAUCAAAGAGAAUUAAUAGAAACAACUAAACAUAAUUUUCAAGAAUUAUUGUUGGAACAUGCUGAUCUGUUUUAUCAUUUUAAAAGCUUAGCUCCCUCUGGUACUAUUACCCAAGAGGAUAUAAAAGAAAUAACUGACGUUUUACAGGAUGACUUUAGAUAUAAACUUUUAGACAGACUUGAUCAAGAUAGAAAGUUAAUGCUAUUUCAGCAUUUAGGUUUCAUUCAUUGUCCAAUUAGAGAACAUUGUCCUGCAUUUCCAAAUUGUAUGGAUGCGCUUAUUGAACGAAUUUUAGCCACUAAAGCACACAGACCUUCCUCUUGGAAUCGCAGUACACAGUGGCUUCUGAGUUCAGACAAUAAUCAAUUAAACCUUGUUAUACUUGGAAUUAACAAUUUAGCGGAAGAAUUAGCGUCGAAGAUUAGAACUCAAUGUGAUGAUGACGAAUACGAAAUAGAUUGUCAAUUUUAUAGUAUGGAUUAUAGAAUAAUAACUGGGGAUGUAAGUUUACCUCACAAUUCAUUUAGGACUUCAGAUUUUGUACCUCACGGGGCAUUUUGUGUUUAUUCCCAUCCGGAGUCGUUCGAGUAUAUAAGAGAGAGUUUGGAAAAAACUUUGUUAUCGAAUCUUGAACAAGAAGAUAAAUUACCAUUUCAAGGAUUACCAAUUGUACUUCUUUUUAUGCACGACUCUUAUAUGGACGAAAAAGAAGUUCUUAAGCUACGUGAAGAAGGCCAGAACCUUGCUGAUAGUCUACAGUGUCCUUACAUGGACGUCAAUCUUGAUCAGAUUACUGAAGAUCAACUGGUUAAUGAGGCUCUACAUCAAUUAAUUCAAAGCAUACAUCAUCGAGCUGGAUUUUUUAAUAUAUAUCAGUCAGUAAUUGAUUGUGUGGAACCUGAUAUCAGGAUUAUAAUGUGUAUGUUUUGCGGUGAUCCGUAUUCUGUAGAGAAUAUUUUAGCACCGUUAUUACAACAUCAGUGUUGUUUUCUCUCUGCAGAGCGUAGUAUAAUUUUAGAAACUUUUCUUGGGGAUUCUAAAAGAAAGGUGGAAGUAAUUAUAUCUUCAUUUCAUGGAGCAAAUGCGUUUCGUGAUGAACUAGUUCAUGGAUUUAUUUUAGUGUAUUCAACAAAAAGAAAAGCGUCUUUAGCUACAUUAAAUGCAUUUUCUAUGAACAUUCCAAACCUUCCUAUACAAAUAAUUGCAGUGACUGAUGAAGGUGGAGCUAAUGCCUUUUUCAGUAAUGAUUUAAGCCAUCAUUUAAUAACCGAAGGCAAUGCUACUGCAGAUCAACUUCAUGCGCAUUUUAUGACAACUAAUUCUUCGUCACAACAAAAAACUGCUUUCUUUACGCCGUUUUUCAAAGAAGUUUGGGAUAAAAAACCUGAAAUCGAACAAGCUUUCCACAUGGAAGAACCGUCAACUAUGGAAGAUAGUGGUGAAGGCACAUUGGAGCAUUCAAGAUCACAAAGGCACCACCCUCUUCCACCCCCCAGAAGGGAAAGUUACCAUCUAAAGUUAAAUGAUGGAAGUGGUAGUGAGAACUAUGAAGUAAAUGGCCCUGAUGAACGUUUAAGUUCUAGUGAUCACAGCGAUAAAUAUUCACAAAUUUAUAUGUAUGGUAGUGAAAAUGGUGACAUUAUAUCUUCUAAGAAGCGUCACUUUCAUCACGGUUUUCAAGUGUAUCCACCUCCUACAACUCCGCCGGAACCUGCUCCUCCUGAUUUACCACAUUCUAGAACUUCAAAGAAGGCUUCAGUUUUAUCAGCUUCUCAAACCAGUUUAGAUGAAAUAACCUCUGAUAUCAGUGGAUCCAGAGAAUCACUUGCAACUAACGAUUCAGAUGGAGAAGCUGAUCAUCAUAUUCCAGUAGCAACAAGUUGGAAUAAUUACAAUCAACAUGCUUUUACUACUGGCCGCAGGCAUAUUUCAACUAAUAAACAACGUCCUAAAGGUGUAUCACAAACAUUAAAGCAACCGGGUAAAUUAAACUUAAAAAAUUUCUCGGUCGUGACAGAAACUAUAGCCAGAAUGAAUAUUUGCGGCAAUGAUAACCGAAGUUCGAAAUACGGCACCGCUCCAUUAGCUACUCCUGAAGUAGUUGAUUUAGGUUCAGAAUAUGCGCAAGUUAAGGAUAUGGUUCAUCCUUACUCGAGGGAUACUGAAUAUAUGUAUACAUUAGUACAGGAUGCUAUUAGUGGCAAGGCCAAAUUAAGACAGAGACGCGAGAAGGGUCAGCCAUGUAAGAUAGAAAUCGAAAAUGACGGCAAGCAUUUUAGUAAAGUUCUUCCAGCCUAUUCUGAUACUGAUAGUGAGUGGAGUAGUUUAGAACGCAGGCAAAGAGCUAGCGAGGUCUAUUCUAAAGUAAAUCGCAAACCAGGAACUCACAAAAGAACGCGAAGAAAAAGAACUGUUAUUCCUGUACAACCGCCUAGAGUACCGCAAUUAGGCGCUAAUUAUUCGCUAGUUCCUGUACAGGCCACGCCUAAUAACGAUGUCGAAACAGAUAAAGCUAAUGGUAAGUACCUUUUUGAUAUGUGUAAUCUAAUAUCCCGAAGUUACAUAAUAGACGGAGCCUAUUAAACUAGGUAACCUGAG